GUUCCUUUUACGUCGUCGGAUAUUUUGAACUGGCGGGCGAACCGUCCAGCCUGGUCAGAAGAUCCGAGAGGUAUGGCGAACUUGGUCGAAGGCAUCAUUCGGACACACAAUCCUAGCUGGGUGGAUUUGAAACAGUUGUUAGAAGCAUUGUUGACGGCAGAAGAGCGAGUGUUGUUGACGCAAGUGGGUAGACAGGAAGCGGCGAAGGAGCAUGCAAACUCUCGUAGUAUAGAUGCUGUGGAUGUGUAUCAGGAAAGGGUAUUCCCAGUGAGGGAAGACCCGCAUUGGGAACUGAAUGAACCAAAUGGCCCUGGUAGGGAUGCACUGAGGUUGUAUCAGGAUUUGGUUGUGCGUGCUUUGAGAAGAGGAGUUCCAAGGGUCCCAAAUUUGAAAAAGAUUUACCAGAUGGAGCAGGAGAAGAAUGAAAGUCCAGUGGUAUUUCUGGAAAGGCUUAGGGAAGCGUUUGAAAAGUUUUCUCCAUAUGACAUGGAUGACCAGAGAGAUCAAGCAGCAGGAAAGAUAGUGUUGAAGAGUGUUUUCUCUAGCCAGUGUAGUCCAGACAUACGGAGAAAGUUACAGAAGGAUGCUGGUUUGGCUCAUCUGACUUUGGAAAGGAUUUUGGAGAUUGCAAAUCAGGUUUACUUGUCUCGUGAGGUUGUGCAGGCAAAGAAAGAUGAAACCGCGGUGGCCCGCAGGGCCAAGGUCAUAGCUGCGGUAUUCCAAGGGGAACAGCCGCCAAGACCCAGAGGAGCAGGCUGGAAAGGGAAAGAUCAAGGAAAGAAAGGACCAGGGGGCAAGCCACUGGGAAAGAAUGAAUGUGCAAGGUGUCACAAGAAUGUGCAAGGUGUCACAAGUUACAGAAGGAUGCUGGUUUGGCUCAUCUGACUUUGGAAAGGAUUUUGGAGAUUGCAAAUCAGGUUUACUUGUCUCGUGAGGUUGUGCAGGCAAAGAAAGAUGAAACCGCGGUGGCCCGCAGGGCCAAGGUCAUAGCUGCGGUAUUCCAAGGGGAACAGCCGCCAAGACCCAGAGGAGCAGGCUGGAAAGGGAAAGAUCAAGGAAAGAAAGGACCAGGGGGCAAGCCACUGGGAAAGAAUGAAUGUGCAAGGUGUCACAAGCAUGGGCAUUGGGCAGCCGAUUGCAAAGUGGAUCUUGGGAAAGGACAGAAUAGAAAAGUGCAGAAUGGAAAUUGGAAAGGGAAGAGGCAGAACCGUGGAGCUGCCGGCCAGCCCAGAUGGGCUCCGGUUGCAGCUGGAUUGGUAGACCCCGCGUUAGAUGUGCAUGGAUUGGCCUCCGUGAGGGAGGAAGAUGAGUAUGAGCAAUAGGACAGACCGGCUCCCGGAUCCCCGGGUAGCCAUGGAGUGGUUAGGAUUGAACCAGGGGAGCCAAUGGUCGAUAUGAAAGUUGGAAAUCAAUCCGUUGAGUUUAUGCUUGAUUCCGGGGCUUCUAAGUCUGUGGUGAACACGGCUGUGUCUCACCCAACUGGAGAAGAUGUAAAUAUUGUAGCAGCUACAGGAAGACGAAAAGCUUGUCCUUUGUUGGCAGAGAGAGAAUGUUUGCUAGGAAGGCACCUGGUCAGGCAUAGAUUCAUUUAUAUGCCUGAAUGUCCUGUGCCCCUGAUGGGAAGAGAUCUUUUGUGCAAAAUGAGAGCUGCUUUGCUUUUUGAGGAAGAUGGUUCAAUGUUGGCAGGAUUCAGGACAGGUCCGGAUAGACAGUUGGUAGAACAGCAGUUAAAAAUGGCUUUGGAACUACCUAUGGAGGAAGAGUGGAGAUUAUAUUCUGUAUUGGAAGAAAGAACUGACUGGGAAGCAUUCAAUGUCCCAGAGGUAUGGGCGGAAGAUAACCCUCCGGGGUUGGCAAAGGAUGUUCCACCAGUCAUAAUUGAAUUAAAGCCCUUCGCAAAUCCGGUGGCAAUCCGACAGUAUCGGCUCCCUCGGGAGGCGAUCGUUGGAAUUGCGGCCUAUUUGGAGAGGUUGGAAAGAUAUGGGAUACUGGUUCCUUGCCAGUCUCCAUGGAACACACCCUUGUUGCCAAUCAGAAAACCGGAUGGGUCCUACCGCCCUGUGCAGGAUUUGAGAGCUGUAAAUAAAUUAGUAGUCCCUCUCCACCCGGUAGUUCCAAACCCAUACACACUGCUUAGCCUUAUUCCACCCCAUCACCAAUGGUUUACUGUCCUGGACCUCAAAGAUGCUUUCUUUUGCAUCAGACUGGCCGAAGAGAGCCAGAAGAUUUUUGCCUUUCAAAAGGAGGAUCCUGGGACAGGGGCCAAAGGUCAACUCGUUUGGUCAAGAUUGCCACAGGGGUUCUGUAAUUCCCCGACCAUUUUUGGACAAGCCCUGGCGCAGGACUUGCUGCCAAUGGUCAAAAAUGACAAAGGAUGGACCAUUCUCCAAUAUGUAGACGACAUUCUCCUCUGUGCAGAUAGUCGAGAAGAAUGUUUGGAAGGAACUCAGACCUUGUUGCAGUUCUUGGCAGAAAAAGGUUACAAGGUUUCGAAAAAGAAGGCUCAGUUAGUCCAGCAAGAGGUGAAGUAUUUGGGUUUUCGUUUGGCCAAAGGUGUUCGGAGGCUAGAGGUGGAGCGAAAGGAAGCCAUUUGCUCCAUCCCUACCCCCCAAACUCGCAAGCAGGUCAGGGAAUUCCUGGGAGCAGCAGGGUUUUGUCGUAUAUGGAUUCCGAAUUUCGGACUAUAUGCCAAACCCCUCCAUGAGGCCAUGAAAGGGAAGUCAGGAGACCCCUUGGUGUGGGGAACAGAACAGCAGGAUGCAUUUGAGCAAUUGAAGAAAGCCUUGAUGUCUGCCCCAGCUUUGGGGUUGCCUGAUUUGGACAAAACUUUCUACUUGUAUGUAGGAGAACGGAAAGGAGUGGCUGUAGGAGUAUUGACUCAGUUGGUAGGCGAUUGGCCCCGGCCAGUGGCUUAUCUGUCUAAACAACUGGACAAUGUGGCCUGUGGAUGGCCCCCAUGCUUGAGAGCUGUGGCGGCUGCUGCAGUUCUUGUAGAAGAAGCAAACAAGCUGACCUUAGGGCAGCCUGUGAUUUUAAAGUGUCCCCAUGCUGUAGUAACUCUAAUGGAACAUAGGGGGCACCAUUGGCUUACCAAUAGCCGGAUGCUUAAAUACGAGAGCAUGUUGGUGGACAAUCCACAGGUUAAAUUGUCAGUGUGUGCCACUUUAAACCCAGCUACCUUGUUGCCAGUAGAGGAAGGAGAAUUGAUGCAGCAUGAUUGUUUAGAAGUGAUGGAUGAAGUGUAUUCAAGUAGGCCAGAUCUCAAAGAUCUGCCACUACAGACUCCAGAAUGGGUGCUUUUCACAGAUGGUUCAAGUCGUGUGGUUGGUUCCGAAAGAAAAGCGGGGUAUGCAGUGGUGAAUAGCAAUGGGGAGACCCUAGAGGCAAAAGGGUUGCCUCCGGGGACUUCCGCACAGCGGGCCGAGUUGAUUGCUCUAAUAAGGGCCCUCCAAUUGGCUAAAGGGAAAAGAGUCAAUAUUUAUACUGACUCAAAAUAUGCCUUCACCACUCUGCAUGCCCACGGUGCCAUUUAUAAAGAAAGAGGACUGCUGACCUCUGCUGGACAACAGAUCAAAAAUGCAACAGAAAUUUUGCAACUCUUAGAUGCAGUUUGGGAACCAAAGGAGGUAGCGGUCAUGCAUUGCAAGGGACAUCAGUAUGGUGAGGAUCAGGUAACACAGGGAAAUCGCCUGGCAGAUCAACAGGCUAGGAAAGCAGCAGAUGAGAACACAUCAGAGGAAUCAAUUUUGCAAUUGGAUGUCACACCCACAGUAGAGUCCAUGACUUACUCUGCCCAAGAGAAGGAGUGGGCCCUAGCAGAAGGGGCAAAGUGGAAGGGUAAUAUUCUCAUAUUACCCAAUGGGAAAAUCUUCGUCCCAAAAGCUUUGGGAUGGGAAUUGGUAAAGGAGGUUCAUAGACAAACCCAUUUAGGUGCAACAGGAAUGGCUUCACUCUUGGAACGGCAAAUCUGGAUGGACGGCUUGCAUGCCUUAGCCAGAACCGCUGCUCUAAGGUGUGAAAUUUGUGCUAAGAACAAUCCCAGGAUGGGGCCAUUGCUCCCACCUGGAGUUCAGUAUUUGGGAACGACACCCUUUGAGUCUCUAGUGGUUGAUUUCACUGAAAUGCCAAAAGUCCAAAGAUUUCAUUACAUGUUGGUAAUGGUAUGCACAUUCUCAGGGUGGGUGGAAGCGUAUCCUACCACCUCUGAGAAGGCUGUAGAGGUCAGCCGUGCCCUGAUGAGGGAUGUAAUCCCUAGGUACGGAAUACCUUUACACAUUGGGAGUGACAAUGGCCCGGCCUUUGUUCACCAGGUCCUAGGGUGCCUAGCCCAGUUGUUAGGAACCGCAUGGAAAUUGCAUUGUGUUUACCGGCCCCAAUCUUCGGGGAAAGUGGAAAGGAUGAACAGGACUUUGAAAGGGACCAUCUCAAAGAUGUGUCAAGAGACUGGAAUGACAUGGGUUCAAAUAUUGCCAAUGGCAUUACUGAAGGUUAGAUGCACCCCCACAAGGGUCUUGGGUUUGUCACCUUAUGAAUUGUUAUAUGGAAGACCCCCUCUGAAAAUUAGACCUCUGCAAGGAGACAUACAUGAAUUAGGAAAACAAGAAUUGAUAAAAGAGGUCCAAGCUUUGGGUACAGUGUUAAACAAACUGUAUAAAUAUACUGGCAUGCUGCGUUACCCUUUUCCCGUUACUGCGUUACAUUCUUUCUCACCAGGAGACUUUGUUUGGCUGAAAGAUUGGAAGUGCGAUCCCCUCGGCCCAAGGUGGAAGGGACCACUGGAGGUGUUACUUACAACCCCUACUGCUGUGAAGUUAAAGGGUAUAAAGCCGUGGGUACAUUACACUCGUAUCAAGAAGGACUACACCACCAAAGAUCCUGAUUACUGGAAGGUAAACCUACACAAGGACAAUCCACUAAAAUUCACACUCACCCGCCCUAAGGGUCAAGCUACCAAGAGCUGCCCUGAAGAGGAGGGGCCCGAAGCUACCUAGAGCUAGCCCCAGAGGUCAGGUUACCAAGAACCGCCUUGAAGAAGGAAGGAGGGUACACUUCCGAGAGUGUCCCAAAAGACCGAAUGGACACUUGGUUUUGGGUGUGGGGAAUUGGGGGUUCCUGUGUGGGUUGUAUUCUGUUUCUGUGUUGGCUGAAAUUCUGUGAUAUUGAGGACAAACACCACUGUAAAAAUGAGGACACACUUAUACUUAUUGAUAUUGAUAAUGAUGCCAUUGGUGCAGACUCAGAUGGGUUGGGACAAGAACAUGUUCCACCAAUUAAUUAAAGAGAUAGCCAAAGAAGCAGAGGUUGCAGACUGCUGGAUUUGUGCCCAUAGCCCUCACUCCCAAUAUGAGGGUUGGGUCAUGAAAGCAGGGCCACUGCUGGAUAUAUCUGGAUGGAAAUUGUUCACCCCUUGGACAUAUGAACGUGAGGAGGGGUUGACUGAUUCGGCCCAAUUUUUAUUGGCCCUUGAUGAUUCUGCACCAGCCGCAUCAGCCUGUUUGACACGAUCAAAAGAAGGGAUCUCAGAAAUUGAUCAUAAGAACUUCCCCCAAGCCAAUCUCAUAGAAGUAGGGGAUUACCCCCGUUGUAAUCUCACUCUCCCUGUAUAUUAUGACAACAUACACUUUGGAGUUGAACAGCUACAGCCACAACAGGAUGGUCACACGCAGAGAUUGAGGAGGCAGGCGGCCUCACCAGAGGGGGGUGACAAGAAACCACCCUCUCGUCCGGCCCGUAAUGGGAAAACUAAUACGCCCCCCAAAAUAUAUGUGGUUAAGCCCGGGUCGGAGCUGCCUCGGGCAGCAACUCAGCCACCUGAGGCGGGAGCGGCGGCUCCACCACAACCGCCUGUGGGUGGUGCUGCAUCUUCACCCCGAUCACCAGUGGUGAAGGCUGCACCCCCACCGCGGCAAGAUUUGGUCCGGACGCGAGGAAAUUUCCCAAUGGAAUACCAAAUUCCUGGAAGGCCAAGGCCCGGUAUACUGCUUGAUAACCAUGCAAUGGGAGGAUUGCCUCCGGGGUAUUUCUGGAUAUGUGGGAAGUGGGGAGGUAAAGUCUUACCCCCACUAUGGGUUGGUACCUGCACCAUUGGUACCCUAGUCCCCACUAAUAUUGGGAUACACCCGCGAGAGCAGCCCCUGCAUGCAUUGGAAGCAGCUGACCGGUGGAACAGGCCUAAAAGAUCAUAUGAUGAAAAACGUGGCUAUGAUCCUGAUAAUACGUAUCUUUCAGAGGGAGAAAGAUUUGCAACAAUCUUGUUCCCUAGUCUGGGAGUUGCCCUAAAUGUCAAACAACUAAGGAGGCUCUCUGCCCAACUGGAAAUUUUGGCUAAUCAGACUGUUAUAGGCAUGAAAGCACUCCAGACUGAAAUUGACUCACUGGCAGGAGUCCUCAUGCAACACAAGAUGGCACUAGAUUACCUUCUGGCAGCAGAGGGUGGCUUAUGCAUAUGGUUGAACACAACUUGCUGCCAUUAUGUCAAUGAGUCUGGGCUUAUUGAAUCUGAUGUGGCCAAAAUCAACACUGUUGUCUCCACAAUAAGGGAUACUUACACCCCCAAGGGAACUGGUUGGUUUGAUUGGCUUUUUAGCUGGCUCCCGAAUCUUAAUUGGUUACGAGACCUCGUUAAAGUAUUGUUUAUAAUUUUGCUAAUUAUACUUCUGGCUUUGCUCUUUUUGCCUUGUAUUAUGUCCUGCUUAAGAAACAUGAUGGCGAGACUGAUCACUGCUACUUUCAGUCAGCACAGGGAAGUUCAGCGUGUCAUGUACAUGCAGUUAAACACCAUGGAGCAAGAAACCACCCCACUGUAAUUGGUUGGUCUGUGUAACCAAGAAAAUGUCUUCCUUGGUUACAAGAAAAAACGGGGGAAUGAAGGGGUCACUUAGCAAAAGUGACUCCAUUUUAGAAUUGCCUGUCUGCUUUGAAAUUAAAAGGAUCAGUCUCCCCUCUGAAUUAUGAAGAUUUGCAACUUGCUGUUUUUCAGCAUGUGUUUUAUGUUUAAGCAAGAAUUCAGUUGUGGUCAAGCUUGUGGUGGGCCGAUUCCAAGAAAUGUAUGCAAUAUAUAUAUGUUACAUAUUUUCUGCUUGCACCUGUUGAAAUGCUAUCGAAAUGUUGUGGUUAGAACAUCCUGGACUUGUUGACAACGCAGGAAACUCUAGCUCACCACAAACUGAACUGGGGGAUUUCCAGUAAAUUCCAGUCCAGAAAAAGGAAGUAAAAUGUGAUAAACAACUGCCUUAUAAAUUGGCCGGGAUGAAAACAUUCUUGGCCGACAGCUUUUGCAGCCUCACACUGCUGUGUGGCUCUGUCAGCCGGUAGCUACCUAAUAAAAGGUGUUUUGUCCUCAA